UAAUGGUUUAUCCUUUUAUCCAGAUCGAAAAAUCUUAUGUCCAAACAAAUUCACAAAUUUCAUUACACAAAGUACAACUCAUCACACCAACCAUUCCCGCUCUUUAGCUAUUUACCCUCCAAAAAAACACACCCAGUCUCACCCAUUUCUGUCUUGUUCCUAUGGACUCAAAAAACACUAUUAUUAUUAUUAUUAUUCAUUCUUACCUAAUUUCAAACAUUUGUUGGCAUCAAAUCCAAUUCACACUUAUUUGUUGACUAUUUGUAUGGUCUUGUUCAUUCAUUAUUGUUCUGUAAAAUUCCGAGGUUAAAUUAGGUGUGUCACUGUCACCUCGGAAGAAAGAAAACUACUUUGUUUUGGUAUAUUUAUAUAUAUAUUGACUGUUGAUAUGAAUCGGAGUUACCGGGCACCGGAGAAAGAAAUGACGGUACCGGUGAAGCAACGGCAAAUGACGGGAAGUUUAAGGAAUUCGGGUUUAAGAGAGAAAGAAGAAGAAUUGGGGUUGUUUUUGGAAAUGAGAAAACGUGAAACAGAACGUCAUCAUCUUCUUCUUCAUAACUCUGAAACUGAAUUUGAUUCGUCGCUUGGGUCAAAAACAGGGAAUUCUCCUAAAUUUAGUACGCCGUCUGCACCUGCUACUAUGCGAAAGACCGGUGCUGAUGAGUUUCUCAAUUCCGAAAACGAUAAGAAUGAUUAUGAAUGGCUUUUGACGCCUCCUGGUACUCCUCUUUUUCCUUCACUGGAAAUGGAUUCUCAAAACACCGUCAUGAACCAGAAUGGAGGUCCUAAAGCUCAUCCAAGUACACUAAAGUCUAGAUUAUCAAAUACCCAACCAGAGGCUACGGGAAGGAGUAACUUGGCGUCAAGACCACGUGCUGUAUCUCCAGGACCAAGUGCAGGACACCGUAGAUCAUCUUCCUCAGCUGGUUCCGGUUCAGGUUCAAGGCCUUCUACUCCUCCAACUGGCAGUAGGCCGGCUUUAGGUACACAAUCUAGAGCCACGUCGAAUUCGGUCUCUAAAAGCAAAACUACUUCUACUACAUCUGUCAGGCCUACAAGGUCUUCAACACCCACUUCACGUACAGUCUUGUCUUCUUCGUCUAAGUCUGAUGUUCCGGCCAGAUCUUCUACUCCUACAUCAAGGUCUACUGCAAGAUCUUCAACCCCAACAAAUAGACCAUCUUUAUCUACGGCCAAACCUGCACCACGGGCACCAACACCACCACCUCGAAGGCCCGUCUCAUUGUCCACUGUUGCAAAAACAUCUGCCCCGCCAGUUAGGUCUCAUUCUACCGUCACAAAUCCAGCUAGUACUCCCAUUGCAAGACCUAGACCAUGGAAACCCCAAGAAAUGCCUGGUUAUACCCUUGAUGCACCACCCAAUCUACGGACCUCGCUCACAGAUAGACCCACCUCCAUUAGAGGUCGGGCUGGUGCACCCAGUAGCAGGUCUUCAUCAAUUGAGCCAGCUCCAAACGGAAGGGUAAGAAGGCAAUCGUGUUCACCUUCAAGAGGGCGGCUUCCUACUGGUGUGACUCGUAAGAGUGGCAACUCUGUACCAAUUUCUGCAUUGAAUCGUGCAUAUGCUAAAGCUAAUGACAAUGUGAGCCCAGGAUCAUAUGGGACUAAGAUGGUUGAAAGGGUAAUAAAUAUGCGGAAACUGAUGCCACCAAAGCAAGAUGAGAAGCCCUCACCAAACAGUAAUUUAUCUGGGAAGUCGUCAUCUCCUGACAGCUCGGGUUUUGGAAGAUCAUUCUCAAAGAAAUCCCUAGAUAUGGCUAUGAGGCAUAUGGAUAUAAGGCGUACAGUUCCAAGUAAUUUGAGGCCAUUGAUGACAAAAAUUCCGGCAUCAUCUAUGUACAGCGUGAGACCUGGGCCCACACGAAGUCGGGUAAUUAGUGUUUCUGAUUCUCCUUUAGCAACAAGCAGCAAUGCAAGCUCUGAAAUGAGCGUCAACAAUAAUAACCAUCCACUUGAUGAAAAUAUAGACGACGAGAGUAACAGUGAAAAGGGUGUUCAUUCCCCUGCUAGCAUCCGCGGCAGGUGAAUGGCAUUAGCUCAUAAUCUCUUCUUAUCUAGAUUACAUGUUUUGUAUGUAAAUCAAUCCACCUACUCAACAUAUAAAUAACCAAUUUGGUAUCAUCUUACACCAA